CCCACCCCACCAAUGUUUUUUCCGGGCACUCUCUUCUUCUCCAGGCCAUCUCGAUCAUAAUAGCUAGCAAAGAAAUAAUUAAAGGGUACGGUCAUGUCAGUGGUUUGGAGCAGGGAAGAAGAAAAGGCCUUUGAGAAUGCGAUCGCGAUUCACUGGGUUGAGGAUUCAAAGGAGCACUGGGACACGAUUGCUUCGGUUGUUCCCAGCAGAACAGUUGAAGAGUUGAAACGACAUUAUGAAUUGCUGGUCGAGGAUGUUUGCGAUAUUGAGGCCGGCCGCGUUCCGCUCCCCACUUAUGAUUAUCAUGCUCAACACCAAUCCGCCACUUCUCAUACUGUUGCCCGUUCUGGCGGUGGCGGAGCCGCCCACGACUCCGCCAAAGGCGCCUCCCGCUCCGACCAAGAACGUCGUAAAGGGAUUCCAUGGACUGAAGAAGAGCACAGGUUAUUUCUGCUUGGUUUGGACAAGUUUGGGAAGGGAGAUUGGAGAAGCAUUUCCAGGAAUUAUGUGGUUUCCAGGACGCCAACGCAAGUUGCUAGUCACGCGCAGAAGUACUUCAUCCGUUUAAACUCAAUGAAUAGAGACAGGAGGAGAAGCAGCAUACAUGACAUUACCAGCGUAAGCGGCAGCGGCGACGCAUCGCCUCACCAACCACCGCCCAUCACCGGCCAGAACCCCAACACCACCUCCCACGGGAUGGGCAUGUAUGGAACGCCCGUAGGUCAUCCCGUGGCCGCUCUGCCCGGUCACAUUGCUUCUGCGGUUGGGACUCCGGUCAUGCUUCCCAGCCAUGCCCAUCCUCCUUAUGUUCUACCGGUGGCAUAUCCGAUCGGGCCGCCGCCCAAUAUACACCAAAAAUAAACGUAUUCAUCUCUUUCAUUCAAAAUAUACAUGACCCCCCUAGCUCUCAUAUGGGCGGAUGAUCGACCUGCUUCUCACUCAAUUUGGGAGGCCAGUCUUAAGUUUGUGCAACUACUGCCUCUAAGGUGUGUUUAACUUAAAUUUAAUUUUCCUAGUUCUGCAACCAGAUGGACAAUUUUGUAAGUACAUAUCGAGUAAGUGUUCUACUUGUUAAUUAAGAGGUACUUAUAACUGUAAAAGUACAUACAUAGCACAAGAAUAUUACGUAGUAACAUACAUCAGUUUUCUAUUGAAAUUAAGUUCCAUCGUUAAUUAUUGCUUGGAGAGUUGGAGUUGCAUAAAACUUAUCAUUCCAUUUUAUAUCCUUGUAUUACUUGAGUUUUGC